UGGCCUGUGUCGGGGCCGGGCAAAUGCGGUGGCUGUCGGUGCCAGUUUGGGUCGCGGUGUCUUCUGUGAUUGUGCUGUCGGGCGUUCGCUCUCUCUCCCUCUGCUCAGCGCCGGCCCCUUCUUCCUUUCGCAGGGCCCUGCAGGCGGUUUGAAAUUUACUGCAGUCUCUCACUCGAGUUCUCCAUGUGGCCCUAAGCGCCUGGUGCUGAAGGGGAGGAGACAAGAGUGCGGGGCGGGGAAGAGGAGGGCGGCCUGGAGCGGAGCGGCUUGUCUGCCUGCAGCUCCGGUUCCCCCAACCUCUCACGGGGAACGGUUGGUAGGGGACGGUGGAGAGGGUAAAGUGAGGUAGCAGUUCCCUUGUCGCGGCCCGUGUGUGGCGGGCACCGUGGUUGCCCUGGGCCGGCUUUUGCUGCUCUUCCCCUAUCUCUGGGCGUAGGGAGUGAGGGAAGGAAGGAGCCUGAAGCGAUUCCGGGAUCCUCGGGCCCCUCACAUCCCUGGAAACGGUGGAGGGAAGAGUGAAACAAUUCCCCCCUCCCUUCUGAGGUUCUGCGGCAGGCUGGCCCGCAGAUUCAGAGAAUAAAAAUGGGAACUCCUGGAUCAGGACGGAAGAGAACUCCAGUGAAAGACAGAUUUUCUGCAGAAGAUGAAGCUCUAAGCAACAUUGCCAGAGAGCCAAGCCCUGUGUGGGACUCUGGAUCAUGUAUGAUCUUACUCAUCAAGUUCCAUCACUCAUUUUUGGAGAAAACAGCAGAAGCCAGACUUGCAGCAAAACGGGCAGCUCGAGCAGAAGCAAGAGAUAUACGUAUGAGAGAGCUGGAGCGACAGCAAAAAGAGUUUUCUCAGCAUUUAUAUGAUAGAAAAUGGGCUCAUAUCCAGAAAUGGAUGGAAGAUGCAGAGAGAGCCAGAUACUCUCACCAGCCCAGUCGACAUUCACAUUUGAGUGGAAUUUACUAUGAUCAAAGAAAUUAUAGCAGCCUUGGAUAUAGUAAACCAGUUCCUUCCUACCAUGUUUGGUCAUCUUCUCUAUACAGUGAUCCAGUGGCACCAGCUAGGAUUUACAGGCCAUCUGAAUGCAGUUAUUCUUCAAGAACAAGCUCAGUCCGAAGUAGUCCUGUGCUGGAAGAAAAGAGUGAAAAAUCACAUUCAGAAAUAUUUUCAAGGCCCUCAUCUCGCAAUUCAGUAAGUGCAGCUCCUCAGAGUGGCAACUCAUCUAGGAGAGGAAGUGGAGAUGCAAGUAGUUUGGUGGAUCCUGAUGCCUCCCUCAGUGAAUUACGGGAUAUCUAUGAUCUUAAGGACCAGAUACAUGAUGUAGAAGGGAGAUACAUGCAGGGACUUAAAGAACUAAAGGAUUCACUAGCUGAAGUUGAAGAGAAGUACAGGAAAGCUAUGGUUUCCAAUGCUCAACUAGACAAUGAGAAAAACAACUUGAUUUACCAAGUGGAUACUUUAAAGGAUGUUAUUGAGGAGAAAGAAGAACAGAUAGCAGAGUUCUAUAGGGAGAAUGAAGAGAAGUCAAAGGAACUGGAAAGACAGAAACACACCUGCAGUGUUCUGCAGCAUAAGCUGGAUGAACUUAAAGAGGGCCUUCGACAGAGAGAUGAAUUGAUAGAGGCGAAUCAACGUAUGCAGGCGAAUAUAGACUCCAUAACCAAAGAAGUGUUUGAUCUCCAAGAGACAAUUAAUUGGAAAGAUAAAAAAAUAGGGGCCCUAGAAAGACAGAAAGAUUACUUUGACUGCAUUAAGAAUGAGCGAGAUGAGCUCAGAGAGGAGUUGGCUGAUCUGAAGGAAACAAGGAAGAGAGGACAGAAACAUGGAUUAGUUAUAAUUCCAGAUGGCACACCAAAUGGUGAUCUAAACCAUGAAUCAGUGGUUGGUACAAUAACAGUUGUAUCACAGGAAGCUGCUCAGGUCUUGGAAUCUGCAGGAGAAGGACCACUAGAUAUCAGGCUACGAAAACUGGCUGGAGAAAAGGAGGAAUUACUGUCCCAGGUUAGAAAACUGAAGAUGCAGUUAGAAGAAGAACGACAGAAAUACUCUAAAAGUGAUAGCAUGAGUCCAGAUGCAAUAGACUUGGAGAAUGGCUCUGACUUGCAGCUAAUUGAAAUGCAAAGAGAUGCCAACAGGCAAAUUAGUGAAUACAAAUUUAAGCUUUCAAAAGCUGAACAAGAUAUAACUACUUUGGAACAAAAUAUUGGACGACUUGAGGGACAGGUUGCAAGAUAUAAAAGCGCAGCAGAAAAUGCAGAAAAAGUAGAAGAUGAACUCAAAGCUGAAAAAAGGAAGCUUCAGCGAGAGUUAAGAACAGCACUGGAUAAGAUAGAAGAAAUGGAGAUGACCAAUAGCCAUUUAAUGAAAAGGCUGGAGAAGAUGAAGGCAAAUAGGACCGCGCUUUUAUCUCAACAGUGAAAUGGAAAUUGAAAAUACAAUGCACUGCUCCUUGAGUAACUAGUCCCUAGCUUGUUUAUAAAAACAGACUUUCAGUGGCACAAACUAUUUGAACACAGAGCUGUUCACUGGUGGUUUAGUUUCAUAAUUAAAGACAUACUUUUUGUAAUUUAUGAGAGAAUGAAAUGUAGUUUUAAUUCCCAUGUGAAUAACAGCAGUUUUUCAGUAGUGUUUGAUUCUAGAGUCAAAGAUGGAGCACAAUGCUGUAUGUUUUUACAACUGUGGAAUCAAGUUUACUCACGAUCUCUUUUGGCUGCUUUAAUGAUGCUUGAUGCUCAGAGACAGCUGCAUGAAUUCAAGACACUGUUAUGAAACUAACAUAUACUUGCCUAAGACAUCACACAGCACAAGUGCCUUUUAUCUGGUGCAAUUUAGUCUUCAUUGUUGAAAUAACCUUUUGAAACCAGAAAGCAUUUUAUUUUAAGAUACAUUUGGGGUAUUCCCUAAACUUUAUACAUUUUGAAAAUACAUUUUUUAAAAUAUUUAAAUUUAUAAGAAAAAAUAGGGACUGUAUAUGAAGAUCGGCUUCUUUUGCAUGGGCGCAUCUGACUUCUAUGUAAUUUUGUCAAAUACUAGCCCCUGAUCUCUUUGCAUUAACAGCAGAAAUUUAAAAACUGAAGUUGUACGCCAUCAAAUUGUGUCAUCUGCUUAAGUGCGAAUUGAAAUUUUAUGGGGGGAAGAAGGGGGUGAGAAAUGUGGCUAAGAAGAUUAUUAAAUGGACACUUUACUGACCAAAACUGGAUGUUUUG